AUGGAAGAAGUCUUAAAUAUUCAAAAACGAAUCAUCUUUGAUGAGUCCAUUGCUCAUUAUGAAAUGCACGCACAUCAACCGUUUGCAUCAUCGUCCUUCAGCAACAAUGAUGAAAUUCGUAUUGCUGUGCAACAUCAAGACCUCUGCCUGUUACCCAGCAAGAGUUCACUGCAUAUUUGUGGUCGAUUGACGAGAGAAGACAACAAUGAGGUUGUUGCUCGCACUGAGCUCGUCAACAAUGCAAUCUGUCAUCUAUUCGAGGAGAUACGUUAUGAAUUGAAUGCUGUGGAAAUUGAUAGAUGCAAAAAUGUUGGCUUGACAACACUUAUGAAAAACUAUAUUUCACAAAGUCCCAAUCAGAGUUAUCUCAUGGAAAAUGCUGGCUGGAUGAUGGAUCAAGGGAAAAAAAUAACCGAUGAUCAAGGGUACUUCGAUGUGUCCAUUCCUUUGAGCAUGAUUUUCGGAUUUGCUGAAGAUUACCAGAGAAUUAUUGUGAACGCAAAGCACGAGUUGAUUCUGACACGUUCACACAACGACCUCAAUGCCAUCAUUCAACAAGCUCUUGAAGGAGGACAGCGGGCUGAAACUUUUAAAAUUACCAUGACGAAGAUGGACUGGAUGAUUCCCUAUAUUAAACCUGCGGACUCUCGAAAAGUGCAACUUCUUAAUCAGAUUUCAAAAGACAAUCUUAUACCAAUUAGUUUUCGAGCUUGGGAGUUAUAUGAAUAUCCUUUAUUACCCAGAACAUCGAAACAUGUCUGGGUUGUGAAGUGUUCUACACAACUGGAGAAACCACGCUAUGUCAUUGUCGGUUUCCAAACAGCCAGAAAGAACGAAGCCACAAAGAAUGCCAGUGUAUUUGAUCAUUGCAAUAUUCGAGAGAUCAAAUUAUUCUUAAAUUCACAAAGCUAUCCCUAUGGAAAUCUGAAUCUAGACAUUGCACACAACUAA